CCUUCUCCCGAAGGACUCAGGACGGUUUACAGCCAAAUAAAAAGCAAAAUACAAAAAUUAAAAACAUUUUAAAAUCUAAAAUUCAAUUCGGCCAAAACGAAUAAAACAGUAAUAAAACCAUAGUAAAAAGCCACAUUAAAAUACGUUAGGCCAGCCCUGCAUGGCGAAACAAGAAGGUCUUUAACUCGCGUCGGAAGGUCUGGAAGUCGGGGAGUUGGCGUAUCCCUGGAGGCAGCUCGUUCCAGAGGGCAGGAGCCCCCACGGAGAAGGCCCUCCCCCUGGGUGCCGCCAGUCGACAUUGUUUGGCUGACGGUACCCUGAGGAAGCGCACAGGUCGCUGGGAGGCUAUUGGUGGCAGCAGGCGGUCCUGUAAGUAACCCGGUCUUAUGCCAUGGAGCGCUUUAAAGAUGGUAACCAACACCUUGAAUCUCAUGUUUAAGCUUGCUCGCUCAACUCACCCCAAAUUGGAACCCCAAAUUAUUCUACUGACAACUGCAAUUUCCAACAUCUGGAACAAGCGUCGCAACUUUUCCCAAGAUCGCAGGAGCCAAAAUAUGCUCAGUUCUUGCCAUAAAGUUAAACCGCUCGAGAAGUAAAUUAGAAUAAAUUCGAAGAGAAUCUCCACGGGAUUUUGGAGCGCCAAUGAAGUGUGUAAAGACAGUCCCCAGCUGUCUCCCGCUAUCCAGAUACACACCUCCGGCACAUCUGUGGCACGUACACUUUUUUUUUCUUGUUCACUCUUGUUUCCCAACCUCGGGAAGGACAGGCAGGGGUGCGGUGGGGUGGGGUGGAGACAAUUCAACGUCGCCCCCGCGGAGGACGCGUGGUUAGGAAAGACUAACAGCUGUUAACAAUAAGCAUCGUUUUGGGGUCAGGCGAGGAAGAGACAAAGCCAGGAAUAACCUUGGCAAGAGGACAAACCAUUUUUAGGUUGGGAACGCCAGUCUCGGCCGCAGGGAAAGUCAAACCUGAAUUAAGGUGUUCUUAUUCGCCAGCCGUUUUGUGUCCUGUCCUUGUAUUCCAGGACAGGUCACCCAAAAAACGACAUUGAACGCCGCAUGCAGCGAAGGUAUCUUGGGUACCAAAACGCAACUGCCGGAUUGCUCAAGAGAAAUUGUCCUAAAAACAGCAUCCCAAGAGUAAAAAUCAAGUUGUUUCUCUCCCUCCCAAGAGGGAGCAGUGGGUGCCAAUCAAAGACACUCUUGGAACAAAAGAGAGAUUCUUUCCUUGUCUUAUGUUUUGCUCAGCCCCAUCCCAAAGGGUUAGGCUAAAAAAAACCAGUCCUAAACAGGGGUGGGAUUCAGCCAAUUUGGGAGAACCGGAUGCUAAUUUUACAUUUGGUUUGUCUAAUCCAGUGGUUCUCAACCUUUAUAGUGCUGCGACCCCUUUAAUACAAUUCCACACGAUGUGGCGACUCCUUUAAUACAAUUCCCCAUGAUGUGGCGACCCCAACCGUAAAAUUAUUUUCGUUUUGAAUUUAUCGCGCCUGAAGCCGUAUUGGCUAGCGAUCUGAACUGCUUGCGAUUGCCUUGAGGACGGAGGCAUUAAAGCGGAGACUCCUCCCCUAUUAAGUUUAUGGCGCCUGAAGCCAGAUUAGGCUAGCGAUUGGGAGCGAUUGCAGCUGGCUUGAGAGGGAGACAUCAGAGGAAAGAUUUCUCUCUUUUUUAAUUCAUCGCGCCUGAAGCCGAAUUUGGCUAGCGAUUUGAAGAGCCUGCAGCUGGCUUGUGGACUCAACCAUUGGAGCGCGAUUCUUCGACUCGCAAGUAUACUUCCCAUAUUUCCGAUGGUCUUAGGCGACCCCUGGCAAAUCGUCAUUUGAACCCCAGCGGGGUCCCGACCCACAGAUUGAGAACCGCUGGUCUAACCGGUAGUUUCAAGGACUGGCUGGCCCCAUCUGCCCCUCCCCGCCAUUCCGAGGAGUCUCCAUAUGGCCCGUUUUGAAUGCCAGGUAAGUGUAGUGCCCAUGUGGAGGCUCUGGGAGGGUGAAAAACAGGGUUCUGGGCUCAUUUUCAGCCUCUGGAGGGCCUCUGGAGCCCGGGGUGGCCAUUUUCACCUUUCCUGAGGCUUGAGAUAAGCCUCCGGAGCUUGGGGAGGGCGAAAAUGCCCAUCCCUGUGGUGCCCACAGCAAUUUUUGAAUCCCACCCCCUGGUCCUAAGUCCCUUUUUCCAGCACAGUUGUAAUUUCGCACGGUCACUAAAUGAACUGUUUGUGGAGUGGUGUGGUGGCCUAGAGAUGGAGCACCCACCUCACAGUCAGGAGGGCUGUGAGUUCGAUCCUAGGUAGAGACAGAUAUUUCUCUCUCUGUCUCUCGGCACAAUGAGAAUAUAUGUCUGCUGAACACAACUCCGCAUUGGUGACAGGAAAGGCAUCUGGCCAGUAAAAAAACACUCUGCUAGCUCCGUUCAGCUGCCCAGACUCCACCCGCAAGGGAUUUUACAGUAAUUAAAAGAGGACAAUGAUUAUGGGGACAUGUGGAAUGGUGCCAUGGCCUAGAGGUGGAGCUUUCGCAUCACAAUCAGGAGGCUGUGAGUUCGAUCCUAGGUAGAGACAGAUAUUUCUCUCUCUGUCUCUCAGCACAAUGAGAAUAUAUGUCUGCUGAACACAACUCCACAUUGGUGACAGGAAAGGCAUCCGGCCAGUAAAAAACACUCUGCUAGCUCCAUUCAGUUGCCUAGACCCCACACUCUCAAGGGAUUAUUGGGUCGUUAAACGAUGAUGAUGACUAAAUGAACUGUUUGUAAGUAGAGGACUCUCCAUACUGGGUUAUCGGCCUUGCUCGCCGAGACUAUUCUUCAAGACGAAUUUUUAUUCCUUUCUUCCCACACCGGUGUGCUUUUCUAAGACUGCUUGGGAUACAGAGGUCCCGAAUUCGAAUCCAGAAGAAGGUGCACCGUACCACUCUUUAGAAAAGCUUGAAGCUGGGGGCCAAGAUAGGCUGCGGCAUCGAAUUCCACCUCCGUUUGAUGAAAACAUCUAAAAGCAUCCCAUUUAGGGAGAUAAUUGAGCCCUGACAUGGGCCCAGACCUGCUCUCCGACGCUUGCAACCUAAUGCUGCUGCUUCUCUCAAAUCUUGCUCCACGUCCCAAGAAAUAUAAUCCUUAGCUCCUCCGCGUCACCCUCCCCUCUUCCUCCUCCAGUUGACCUGGGCCCCCCUCUCCCCAUCCGAGCAAAGGGGCUCAUCCUUUAAAUGCUCUCCUCCCCUCGCUUUCUAUUUUCUUGCCAAAUGGCGCUCCAGGACGUUGUCAGAAAGAGGGACCCUUCGCAGGCACCUCCUUGGGUUCAGCCAUCACCCGGUGGGCCCGAGGUGCCCCGUCCCUUCCUGCUGUCCCACGGCACCACCACGCUAGCUUUCCGCUGCAGCCACGGGGUGGUGGUAGCAGCGGACACUCGCUCUUCCUGCGCGGGUCUGGUAUCCGACCCGUCUUCCCGCAAAGUCGUCACGCUGCACCAACAUCUUAUAGCAACCACGUCAGGGACUUCGGCCGACUGCGCUACCUGGCUGCGUCUCCUGCGCUGUGCGCUCCGCCUGAGACACCUUUCGGAAGGACGGCAGCCGAGCGUGGCUGGGGCAGCCAAGCUGCUCGCUCUCAUGCUGCGGGGAUGCACCCAGAAGGAUCUCUGCGUGGCCACUUUGCUCUGCGGUUGGGAUCGCCAGGGACCCGGCUUGCACUAUGUCUACAGCGACGGGACCCGGUUCUCCGGGGACGUUUUGGCUGUGGGGUCCGGAUCAACUUACGCCUACGGAGUGCUGGAUGGCACCUAUCGGUACGAUCUACCCCGGGCGGAGGCGUUCUGGCUGGCUCGCCAAGCGGUGGCUCACGCUACCCACCGAGACGCUUAUUCCGGCGGCAACGUGGAUCUCUAUCACGUCCGGCCCAACGGGUGGGUCUUCGUGUCGCGGGAAGAUCUGAGUCAAGUUUAUCGUGGCUUGGAGUUCCGUGCUGAAGAGGAUGGAGACCGCAAAGAGGAUCCUCACGAAGAGACCAACUAA